AAUGCCAGAAAGGACAGAAGACAACGUGUUGAAAGAAGCAUGCAGUCUAUGAUCUAUACGGAUUAUCCAGGAGAAGAUCUCUUACCUCGGCACUCUUGGCGGCGGACUGCGCCUCGUUCUGCGGAUCAAUCCCGCACUAGCCACAAACUACUGCAUCCAUAUCAAUCAUAUGAAUGUGCGUGCAAUGGCUUCAAGACACUGCAACAGGUCCCGCCGACGCAUUCAACACGUAUUCCACUGAAUCACCUCCUGCCACGGCCAUUCUGCUGCUGUUCUAGCUGUUGGCAGAGACGCCAUGGCGCGUCACAGGCGGCUGUCAAAUGCCUCCUCUGCGUCUUCUCUCCCAGAGCGACAUCAGGAGCUUGAUAGCAUGUACGAUUACUUAGCGAAGGUGAUUCUACUUGGACCAAGCGGCGCUGGAAAAUCUUGCCUCCUACAUCGUUUUGUGAAAAAUGAGUGGCGCGUGCUCUCCUCUCAAACAAUCGGCGUCGAAUUCUCGUCAAAAAUUGUAAAGAUAGGAACCGGCUCACGCUGGAAACGGAUAAAACUACAACUAUGGGAUACAGCAGGUACUGAGCGAUUCCGCUCCGUUUCGCGUUCGUACUACCGCGGGGCUGCCGGCGCAAUCCUUAUCUACGACGUCGGAUCACAUGCUUCCUUCUCCGCCCUCCCAACCUUCCUCAUGGAUGCUAGAGCACUUGCUUCCUCGAAUCUAACGAUCCUCCUGGCCGGAAACAAAAGCGACCUUCUUUCCCAAGACACGAUGUCCCUGGGCGGAGGGGACUACGGCGAUGACUUCCAGCGUCCACCCCCGACACCGUCAAGUACAUCGAGCAAACAGGUUCCGUUCUCCUUCGAAUCUGGUGGAGGUUCACUGCGAUCCAUCAACGGGCCGCCAGUGGGUACGAGGAUGACCGCCACGAUAACUGCGGAAGGGCGCGAGGUGGCGUUAGAAGAAGCGUCGCGGUGGGCGGCGAAAUCGAAUAUACCCGUUGCAGUGGAAGUAUCGGCUUUAACGGGGGAUAAUGUGGACGAACUUUUUAACAGGCUUGCGCGAAUUAUCCUCACUAAAAUCGAAUUGGGCGAGAUAGACCCUGAUGAUCCUCAGAGUGGUAUUCAGUACGGGGAUGGGGGAAUGUAUGGUACUGGUACGAGCGAUGGAGGUAGCGUGCGGAGCGGGAUCACGAUCGAUGACUCUAUGACGCAGAUGCGGAGAAGGAAAACGCGGAGCCGCGGAGCGGGGAGUGGAUGGGCAGCAGGAAUGAGGGAGUGGGAGGAUGUGUUUAGGCUGGGCGGAUCGAAUACGAGGAGGGGUAGAUGUUGUUAAUAUUCCGCGGCUGUUGUGGAGUAGGUAAUCCUGUUGGAAGUUCACGGUCCUCUACCUGGUGUGGACUAGCUCAGGGCAGAAAUCCCGGCUUGGACAUGACAUGCCGUUGGUCUGCUAACCCAUCCGUCCCCAUACUUCGAUUGCGUUCCCUCCUGAACUCUCCCGGCAUCUCAUUUUACCUCUUCCUCCUUUACUCUUUACGCAUCCGAUGUCUAUACCGAUCUCUACUUCUCCGAUAUUGAUGAUGCUUUCUUCUUAUCCUCCUUGCUUUCCUCUUUCUUCUUCAAUUAUCUGCAUAUCCGUCACACCUGUAUUCUGCUUUCCUCAGCACUAUAUUGUACGCACGCUACACCGCAUGGUACCCGUCAUUUACCUUUGCAUAUCUGCAUUUUGCACCAAGCACUCGCUCCACACUAAUACACAGAACCAUCCACCAAUGACUCUGAAAAUACGCCAUAUUUGCACUUGUACGUUUCAUCUUCAUAGCUUCUCCCUAUUCUCACUACCUCAUUGCCACUAUCAUUGCCACUAUCACAAUGUACUACUUGUUUUCAUUUUAACUUAUCCGGAGUCAGGGAUAGGAUGCCAUUCGCUUUUGCCUUCCAUGCCACUUCUUCUUCUUCUUCUUCUUCUUCUUCUACUGUUGUCACUUUUUAUGUCAAUACCCUUUUUCUUUCAUGCGUCGCCCAAUGAUCAUGCCAACAUGCCGUACA